CCUAUCCCGUCGGCCUUUGGGAGGGGGCGGGGCUAGGCGAGGAGCUUGGGUCAAAGCUUGAGCUUUGACCUUCCGUCGGCCGCUCUGGCGUGCCCGCGGGCGGUUGCGGUAGCCUGCGGUCGUGAGCGGUCGUGCUCUUGCUUUAGCACACCGUUGCAGACGUCCCCUUUUUGACUUGAGCGCGCUCAGCGGCCAAGCCCACCGGCCGUGCGAGGGUGGCCUGUGGCGGAGGGCGUCCGAGGCAGCACGAGAGGGGCGCGCCAUGUUCGCCCCCCGCUCGGCCGGGGCGCUCGGGCAGCUCCGAGUGUGGGCCGGUGGGGCGUGCCGGGCUCGCCGGGCCCGGUCGUCCGGCUCCGCGGGGUCGGAGCCCGAGGCCCCGGCGGAGUGGGCGCUGCGGGUGAGCCCGUUCGGGCGGCUGCGGGCGCGGCUGCCGUGCCGCCUGGCCGUGAGGCCGCUGGACCCCCUCGCCUACCCGGACGGCGACCGCGUGCUGGUGGCGGCGAGCGCGGCGGGCGCGUCCGGCCUGCGGGUGGCGUACGACGAGGCGCUACGCGAGGUGGCCGUGCUGUCCGACUCCCUCGACCCGCGGGGGUCCGUGGAGGUGGCCGCGCCGCUCCACUUCGACUUGAAUAUCAAGUCAUCAGGGUCUGGCUGUGUAAAAGUCCAAAAUUUUGAGUGUGAUAAUUGUAAAAUUGAAACUGAGCAGGGGACCAGCAUCUUACAGUCUCUUAAGAGUCAAAAAUUACAUGUUCAAACAAAAGGAGGCAAAGUGAUCUGUCUGGGAACAAUUUAUGGAAAUAUAGAUAUUCAUGCAUCAGAUAAAAGUACUGUGACCAUAGAUAAACUGCAGGGAAGUUCUGUUAGUGUAUCUACUGAAGAUGGUUUGCUGAAAGCCAAGUAUCUUUAUACAGAUUCGUCAUUUCUAUCUUCUGCUGCUGGGGAUAUUACAUUAGGAAGUGUUCAUGGUGAUAUAACGUUACAUAGCAAGAUGGGUAACAUCACAGUAGAUUCGUCCUCUGGAUGUCUAACAGCCUCGACUCAGCAAGGUGCCGUAGAUGUUUAUGUCAGCCAACUGGGAAAAGUGGAUUUGAAAGCCCACAAAGGCUCUAUUGUUGUAAAGGUCGCAUCUUCUCUUCAAGCUCAUUUACAGUUAUCAGGGAAGGAGGUUGAUGUGAACUCAGAAGUCCAUGUUCAAGAAAUGGCUGAAGCUCGUAAAGAGAAUGGUGUGAUAAUUACUGAACACAGUGAAGCUUUGGGUUUUCUCCAAGCUCAUAGCACGUGGACGUGUCAGUCAUGUAGAUGUGCUUCAGGACGACGCUGAGGAAACUUAGUGACAGAAUCAAGAAUGCUGUAGGCUCCUGGCUGUCUGCUUAAGAAUACUUUGACGGGGAGUUAACAUAGGAACUGUCUUCAGAUCGUUCGCGCUUUUAUGAUGUUUUUGUUUACCCAGCAUUUUGUUAAAGUGUAAGAUCCUAGGAGUGGCAUAGAUAAUUAGACAUCAACUUUGUUAACGUUUACAAAAAAAGAAGACCAGGUUUUGUUUCUAUUCAUCUGCAGACUUUAUCUGUAAGUCUAGAUAGCAAGUAUAUUAGACUUUGCAGGCUACGUAUGGUUUCUGUUGUGUAUUCGUUUUUGUUUUUGUUGUUUUAUUACUAUUUAAAAUGUAAAAGUCAUUCUUAGCUCUCAGGCCAUAAAAACAGGCCUCGGGCCAGAUCUGGCCUGUGAGCUGUGGUUUGCUGACCCCUAGACUAGAGAUCAAAGUGCAGGCCCCAAUCUUAGAGCAUGUGAAUUCUGUUUGUAAUACCUGGGUUUUUAAAAUUUUUUUGUUUUUGUAUUUAUUUUGUUCAUUUAAGAAAUACUGAACCACAGCCAAAUCAUACCCUGAAUGAAUUCUUCCCAGUAGUGAAGAAAAAAUGAUUUGUGCACAUAAAAAUGUAAUCAUGUAAGAUUUAAGCAACAAUGUAAUCAUAGAAGAUAUACCGUGGCAAAUAAAAACAUCAAAACAUGUU